CGUAUAUCUAUCAUAUAUGCUAUAGCACCUGUCAACAUGUCUGCUUCGGUAUAUAUGCUAUAGCACCUAUCAAAAUGUCUGCUUCGCUUAUUUUGCUGUUUACACUUGCGCAAUCACAAGCUGAAAAACAUUAAAGUUGCUGCUGAUUUUUGUUUCCUUUCUGGAUAAAGCUUUUUUGGGAUAUUGCUGUGCUGCUGCGUGUUUACUGACGUGUGCCUUUACUGAUGGAUAAUGAUACAAUUGCAUUUGGUGAAGAUGAGGCGCAAAAAGGAAACCUUGAUCACCCAUAUGUCACAAUGUUCCACCUAGCCUUCAGAGUAUCAGCCAUAUUAGUGUAUAUGUUUUGUGGAUGGUUUAGUGAUGGUUUUAUAGCUAGUUUUGUAACUGUUGUUCUACUGUUGUCUAUGGAUUUUUGGACAGUAAAAAAUAUCACAGGAAGACUAAUGGUUGGUCUUAGAUGGUGGAACUACGUAGAUGAUAAUGGUGUGAGCCACUGGGUCUUCGAAUCGAGAAAGGGUGCUCAGCAAAGUCGAGUCCAUCCAUCCGAGGCGAGGAUAUUUUGGCUUGCCCUGAUACUAUCACCUGUACUCUGGGCCAUUUUCUUCUUGAUAGCCCUAUUUAGCAUCAAACCUAAAUGGUUGCUACUUGCGUCUAUCGCCACCAUACUCAAUGGGGCUAAUCUUUAUGGAUAUGUUAAGUGCAAAAUGGGUGGCGACAAAAACAUUACCUCUGCUACUUCUGACUUUUUCAAGAAGCAAGUCAUUCAGAAUAUGGCAUCAAUGAUGACCAGAAGUCCACCAACAGGAAAUUUUAGUCAGCCAACUAAUGUUAUUUAAAAUAAUGUAUGGAAUAAUGUGAUAUUAAUUUAAUUGUGUGCAAAAG